GUAGUGACGUCAGUCGUCGCAGGUAGUGACGUCACAGUCCCCGUGUAGCGCGAAAACCAGAAUUAGUCUCAACUUCAAGUGCGCAACGGUAAUAUUUAGUAACUCCAUAAAGGCAGCAAAAAUGUCCAAAAUAGACAAGAUGAGCAUCCUCGGGGUGCGAAGCUUCGGGAUUGAGGACAAAGACAAACAAGUGAUCGCCUUCGUCACGCCUCUCACGGUCCUUGUCGGACCCAACGGAGCUGGCAAAACGACUAUUAUUGAGUGCCUUAAAUACGCAACUUCAGGAGAACUUCCCCCAGGUUCUAAGGGUGGUGCUUUCGUCCAUGAUCCAAAGGACGCCCACGAGACAGAUGUGCGAGCACAGAUCAAACUUUUAUUCUCUGACGUCAACGGAGAAAAAAUCACCAUCCAGCGCUCCAUGUCCUGCACCCAGAAAGCCAAAAACUACUCCUUUAAAAGCCUUGAACAGGUUAUUACGAGAAUGAAGGAUGGGGAGAGGAUAAGCAUGUCGAAUAAAUGUGCUGACAUGGACCGGGAGAUGAUUUCUGCGCUUGGUGUAUCAAAGCCUGUGUUGAAUCAUGUCAUAUUCUGCCACCAAGAGGAGUCUAACUGGCCACUUAGUGAGGGCAAGGCGCUUAAAGAAAAAUUUGAUUCCAUCUUUGCUGCAACAAAGUACAUCAAAGCUCUAGACACGAUGCGUCAGCUGCGCCUCAAACAGAGCAACACGGUGAGAGAGUGUCAGGUGGAGUUACGCUUUCUGAAGCAGAACAAGGAGAAAGCCCAGCAGAUUCGAGAGAUUAUCGCCAACAAGGAGGCUCAGUUGAUGGCUUCUAAGGACAACAUCCAGAUGAUAGAGAACCAGAUUGAUCCACUGGAGAAUCGACUGACAGACUUUGACUUGAAACUGGGCAAGGUGAUGAAGCUGGACAACGACAUCAAGGCUUUGGACAGCAGGAAGAAACAAAUGGAGGAGGACAACAAGGAGCUGGAGGAAACAAUGGAGCAGGUGUUCCAGGGUUCAACCGAGCAGCUGCAAGAGCAUUACCAGAACCACCAGAGAACAGUGAGAGAGAAGGAGCGAAGGCUGACUGACUGUCAGAAGGAACUGGAGCGAGCCGGCAGGGAGUGUCAGAGACUCAACCGGGCCAAGGCCGACCUCCUGGUGGAACAAGGGCGUCUCCAGCUUGAGGCUGACCGCCACACCCAAAACAUCAAGAACCGUGACACUCAGGUCCGCUUGUUGUCGUCACAACUGGAGGUGGAAGGCUAUGACCGGCCACCCUUUACGGCUCUACAGUUGGAGAGCUUUCAUCGUCAUGCCACACAGAGACUAGAGCAGGAAAAAGAGGCAGUGGCUCAGGUUACGGCAGACUUGCACGAAAAGGAGCAGCAGAAACAACAGUCCAUUGAUGAAAUCAGACACAAAAAGACUGGUCUGGAGCGGACAGUAGAGCUGAAAAGAGACCUGCAGGAAAAGAAGCAGCAAGAGCUCCGAAAUGUCCGCGCUGAGCUGCAGAGACUGGAAGGUUCGUCCAGCAGAAUGCAGGAGCUGGAAAACGAGCUGAUGAAAGUGGAGGGUGAGCUGCAGAGGGCCCUGCAUAUGUCAAAUGUAGAAGAGUUAAAGGCCGAGGUGGCGGAGCUCCAGAGAGAAAAGGCCGAAAUGGACUGCUCACAGAGACAGCUGGACCAAGAGAUGGGCUUGCUGAACAUGCACACCACUGCGCGCACACAGAUGGACAUGUUGACAAAGGAUAAGAAAGAAAAAGAGGAGCAGGUACGCAAGAUCAAGUCCCGCCACAGCAGCGAUCUGGUGUUGCUGCUGGGCCAUUUCCCAAACGUAAGAGAGCUGGAGGACUGGCUCUACGCCAAGUCAAAAGAAAUAAACAGCACCAGGGCCAAACUGGCCAAAAUCAACAAGGACCUGGCAUCAAGUGAGCAGAAUAAAAGCCACAUCGCUGCCGAGCUGCGUAAGAAAGAACAGCUGUUGAUGGCUGAUGAAGAAAAGUUCUUCGAAGUGUGUGGCAGUCAAGAUCUGGAGCAGGACCUGUGCAAAGUGCAAGAAGACCUGGAAAAGAUCUCCAAACAAAGAGCCAUGCUAGCCGGAGCCACUGCUGUCUAUACCCAGUUCAUCAGUCAGCUGACCGAAGAGAGGGAACCCUGCUGUCCCGUAUGCCAGCGGACCUUUCCCUCUGAGUCCGACCUGCAGGACGUCAUCAGUGACAUGCAGUCCAAACUGCGUCUAGUUCCAGAUAAGCUGAAGAACACUGAACAGGACCUUAAGAGGAAGGAGAGGCGAAAAGAUGAGAUGAUGACUCUAAGACCUGUCCGGCAGUCCAUUGUACAGUUGCAAGAGAAGGAGUUACCUGAGCUAAGAAAUCGCCUGCAGAAUGUGAACAGAGACAUCGAGAGGCUAAAAUCAGACACAGAGGAGCAGGACACUCUACUUGCGACACUGAUGUCCGAGGAGGAAACCGCCAAAGCUUGUUUGCAGGACAUCUCACUCAUGGACAGAUUCCUGAUGGACCUAAAGGAAGUAGAGAGGAAAAUAGCUCAGAAUGCAGCUAAACUCCAGGGUGUAGACCUGACCAGAACCAUUCAUCAAGUCAGCCAGGAGAAGCAGGAAACUCAGCUGAAGCUAGACACCACUUCCAGCAAGAUAGAGCUCAAACGUAAGCUGAUUCAAGACCAACAGGAUCAAAUUCAAGUGCUGAAGAGUUCUGUGAACGAGACCAGAGCAGAGAAACUCCAGUUGAGCAGCGAUAUGCAAAAACAGCAGCAGCUGGAGGAACAGUGUGUUGAUUUCACUGCCGAGAUCCAAGCCUUAACCAGAGACAUUCGGGAGGCCAAGGAACAGCUGCUCCCAUUGUCCUCCACCCUGGAAAAGCUGCAGCAGGAGAAACAGGAGCUGAUGGAGCGCAAAAGACAGAAGCAUGAGGAAGGGCAGGAGAAGAUCAACGAUAUCAAAGAGAAAAUAAAGACCAUCGCCAUCUUGGAAAGGGACAUCAGCAAGUACCUGGACGAAGGCAAAGAUGAAUACAAAGAGCAAAAGGAGUCAGAGCUCCAAGACACCAACACACAGCUCCACGAGGCUGAAAGACACAAAGAGAAGAUUAACAAAGAGAUUGGAAAUAUCCGACAGGACAUUGACACUCAAAAGGUCCAGGAGCGCUGGUUACAAGACAACUUGACCCUCAGGAAGCGCGAGGAGGAGCUUAAAGACGUAGUGGCUAAGCGGGAGUCCCUUUGCAAAGACAUGGGCAACAUGCAAGUGAUGCAGCUACGCCAAGAACGACGCGAAGCUGAGCGCAAGCUUGAGGACUUAAAGAAGAACCGCAGCAUUGCACUCGGUCGGCAGAAAGGCUUUGAGGAGGAGUUGCUGCAUUACAAAAAAGAGCUGCGGGAAGAUCAGUAUGGCAAAGCAGACGAGCUGUACAAAAACAAGAUGAUCACAAUGCGGACGACGGAACUGGUCAUCAAAGACCUGGAUCUCUACUACAAAGCCCUCGAUCAAACCAUCAUGAAGUUCCACAGUAUGAAGAUGGAUGAAAUCAAUAAAAUCGUAAGAGAUCUUUGGCGCAGCACCUACAGAGGUCAAGACAUCGAGUACGUGGAAAUCCGCUCAGAUGUGGAUGAAAACUCCUCUGCCGGAGUAAAGCGAAGGGUUUAUAACUAUCGAGUUGUUAUGGUGAAGGGAGACACGGCUUUGGAUAUGAGGGGACGCUGCAGUGCUGGUCAAAAGGUGCUGGCAUCCCUCAUUAUUCGUCUUGCCUUGGCUGAGACCUUCUGUCUAAAUUGCGGUAUCCUCGCGCUAGAUGAACCUACCACCAACCUGGAUAGAGAGAACAUUGAGUCGUUGGCACACGCCCUUGUGGAGAUUAUCAAGAGUCGCUCCCGUCAGCGCAACUUUCAACUGCUUAUAAUCACACACGAUGAGGACUUUGUGGAACUGCUUGGCCGCUCCAGUUACAUCGAACACUUCUACCGCAUCCGCAAGAACCAGGACCAGAACUCUGAAAUCACCAAGUGCAGCAUCAGCUCCCUCUCCUCUUACCUUCACUGAGCACGCCAGCGGACGCUGUACAGUAAU